UCUUACAGGGACCAAGGCGUCACUUUCUUCUCAGAGUUUUCUAUCCUGCUUCCUCCGCUGUUGCUUUGUUUUUCAGAAACCGCAAGCUUUCUAGUUCAAUUUCUCUCUGGAAACCGAAUAGACUGUUGGUCUUGGAUUCAGUGGAAUUUGGCGUUUUAAUUUUAUCAUGAGCUGUUGAUCGGUUGGUACUAAGGGAAUUCCCAUUUCAGCAUCCAUGGGCAACUGCUUGGAUGCUUCUGCCAGGGUAGAGAAUGCUCAUAGCACUCAGAACACUUCUUCAGCUUCAAAAGUUACCGGCAAAACAGGCUUGUCUUCAGCUCCUUCCAAUUUGACAUUUCCAUCUUACAGCCAGAAAAGCACCACUGAGAGUCUUCCUACUCCCAGAUCUGAAGGUGAGAUAUUAUCCUCUCCAAAUUUGAAAGCCUUCUCUUUCACGGAGCUAAAGAAUGCAACUAGAAACUUCCGUCCCGACAGCCUCCUUGGGGAAGGAGGCUUUGGUUAUGUUUAUAAAGGAUGGCUUGAUGAGCAAACCCUUGCUGCUGCAAGGCCUGGAUCUGGAAUGGUUGUUGCCGUGAAGAAGUUAAAGCCAGAAGGCUUCCAAGGCCACAAGGAGUGGUUGACAGAAGUUGACUAUCUUGGCCAACUUCAUCACCCAAAUUUGGUUAAACUUAUUGGUUACUGCUUGGAUGGGGAGAACAGGCUUUUAGUCUACGAGUUCAUGCCAAAGGGAAGCUUAGAGAACCAUUUGUUUAGACGAGGMCCCCAGCCUCUAUCUUGGUCAAUAAGGAUCAAAGUUGCCAUUGGUGCUGCCAGAGGGCUCUCUUUUUUGCAUGAUUCUGAAUCUCAAGUCAUAUACAGGGAUUUCAAGGCUUCUAAUAUACUCUUAGAUGCGGAAUUUAAUGCAAAACUUUCUGACUUUGGCUUGGCAAAAGCAGGCCCUACUGGUGACAGGACUCAUGUCUCAACCCAGGUCAUGGGUACUCAUGGCUAUGCAGCACCUGAAUAUGUUGCUACAGGUCGGUUGUCUGCAAAAAGUGAUGUUUAUAGCUUUGGGGUUGUUCUUUUGGAAUUGUUGUCUGGGCGUCGUGCUGUUGAUAAAUCAAAAGUUGGCAUAGAGCAGAACCUGGUGGACUGGGCAAAGCCAUAUUUGGGUGACAAGCGCAAAUUGUUCCGGAUUAUGGAUACCAAAUUGGAGGGCCAGUAUCCCCAGAAAGGAGCCUAUCAAGCUGCCACCCUUGCCUUACAGUGCCUCAGUACUGAAGCCAAGGCCCGGCCUCGUAUGUCUGAGGUUUUGGUAAUACUGGAACAGCUCCAAGCCCCGAAGAAUGCAAAGAACACCCAGUCGGAACAGAAAAUCUCUAAUUCUGUCCCUAAAUCUCCAUUUAGACACCACCAUUCAGCAAUGAAUCUGACACCAAGUGCUUCUCCUUUGCCAUCCCACAGACGAUCUCCACGUGUUCGUUGAGCAGCAGAAUUUUUCAUUCUUUCUGGUCCAAAUGUAAAUUAUUUUGUUGUACCCAUAUUUGGUAUUCCGUAGAAAUUCUAGGGCUUUUGAUUGUUUUAUGACAAAGCAAAGUCUGUAAUAGAUGGAACCUUGCAUUAUACGGGCUCUUUUUUUUUUUCUGAAAUUAUUUGGUUGUUUCAUGUUUGUGUUAAUAGAAUGGUGGUUCUAUGUUUUUCGUCAGCAAUUAGAUGGUAUAGAGAACAUUUUUCAGUA